UCGUCGGUUCGAUCCCCGCCUUUGACAGAUAACUUUGUGACACUGAGCAGAAAGUUUCUUUAUCUUUAAAGGCAAAAGUCCGGCACACCUACAUGUGUUAUUGAUCUCAGGAAUGAGGCAACCAGACAAGCUGAGAGUGGUGUGGACCAGGAGGAACAGACGCAUGUGCUCCAAGCUCCACAGUUGGCAGCCUGGGAUAAAGAACCCCUACAGGGGAACGGUGAUAUGGCCUGUUCCAGAAAACAUUGACAUCUCCGUUACAUUGUUCAAGGAACCUAACACGGACGUGUUUGAGGACAAGGAAUGGACAUUUGUGCUUGAGGGGGAGAACAAAGGUCACCGCAAGGUGCUAGCUUCUGCUGACAUCAACCUGAAGCGCUUUGCCAGUCCCACGCCGACCCAGACUGACCUGACUCUGAAGCUGAAGCCACUGUCGGUCAAAGUGGUGGAGGCUGAGCUCAAGUUGUCUCUGUCGUGUGUCUUUAUUCGAGAAGGAAAAGCUACUGAUGAAGACAUGCAGAGUCUUGCCAGCCUCAUGAGUGUUAAACCCACUGAUAUCGGGAACUUGGACGACUUCAAUGAGAGCGAUGAAGAGGAGGACCGGAAGUCUGUCACUGCCACAGUCGUUCCACACACACUAACUCGUCCAAACCGUCCUGCUCCUCUUCCUCCUGACACCCGAACAUCCACUGGAGUCACUUUGCCAGCUUCAGCAGUCGGUGGGCGUGAUGUUGAUCCCUCCACUUCCAUUCUUCAUUCUCGCCCUCCUCUGCCAAAUGCUCCACGCCCCUCUCCCCGACGUUCACGACAUCUGUUCUCAGCUGCUCCUGUCCAAUCAGACAUUCAAUCCGCACCUGGCCCCUCCCCUCAGCCUUCGCCCAGGUCUAAGCGGGCGAAAAUAGCCACCACUGGCCUUUCAGACACCGCUGUGUGUGACUCUGUAACUAGUCCUCCAGAAAAGGCCACAGAAAAGCCUCCCCCAGUUCAGAGUGCCUCCUCUGCCUUUUCGCUCCCUGAAAAUUCAGCAACCUCCAAAUCUUCCUGUAAUACGUCUCCAGCUUUUGUGGAAACCUCUUCACCUCCGACCUCAGAUACACCUCCAGCUCCGUCCUCAGAGCUUCUCAAACUUCCACAUUCUUCAUCACCAACACCUAAAACAGCAGUAACAUCCUCAUCCAUGUCUUUCCCAACCACGUCUCUCAUUGUAUCCACUGCCGUGACCCAAAACCCAAUCUCACCUGCUCCCAAACUUACCUCCCUCCAAAAACCCCCAGAGCUGCCCCAUGAGAGUCAGUCUGUUCAGCCCCCUGUCACCUGGACCCUCUCUCUGCCCCAUUCUCUGCCCAGAAUCGUCCAGGCAGGCUCAGCUCCUACAGUGCACCAGCAGCGCCCCCAAGAGGUUCAGAACGUAGAUGAUUCUGCUUCAGGCUCUGGCCGUUCCCAUGUUUUCAGACCCCAGAUUGUGAAAUCCUUCGCACGCCCCACCUCUCCCUCUCCUCUAUCCACUGAUUCCUCUCCACUUUCAUCAUCAUCUCUCCCUAAAUGUCCGCCCUCUGGCUCAGAGUCAGUUACUCAGGGGCUUUGGCCUACAUCAGCUCCAGCCAUUGGAAACAUUUCCCCCGUUCCUCUGCUGACUAGUCCAGAUCUCGAUGCUCUCUGUGACCCAGAGACUCCAGCUCUUUCUGCUGCCCUUUUUUCCUCCCCGACUUUUUUCUCCUCCUCUCUCACUUUUACUCAUUCUUCACCUCCUGCUCAAAUCAGCUCUAGUCAGACAGGCUCGUCUGUCCCUCUGGUAGCUAAAGAGACAACUGUAAGCCCAAUGAGCCAAGACAAAACGUCUCCUACCAGUAACCAGACAGACACAAACAGACGAACAUUGGAAGAGCCAAAGCUGAUUAUCGCAGAGAGCAAAGCUGGAAAGACCAGUCCUGCUCAGCCCUGCUCAGAGCUGAUCAUAGCCCCACCGCCUCCCUGGCCCUUUUCCUGCACUGAGCGCUCCACCUCUGAGCAGUCCUCCACCUCUGUCGUUGCUGCGUUUAUCACACCUAAACAGUCAGAUGUUAAGGAAAAAAUUGAAUCGAAAAACCAAAUCAUUGAGAGUGUUGUAAGUGAUAAACUGUCCAGAAAAACACUUGAACGUGACUAUGAGAACAAAUCACUGAACCAGAAACAGAAAUCAGGGGGAUUGUUUCUGGAAGAGGACAACUCUAGGUGUGACACAAUCAAAAGGUGUCCUGCAGGUCUUGAAAGUAAAACAAAUGAAAAGCCAUCACUGACAGAACAGUUUGAGGGAGCAGCUGAGAAGGAGAAGGAGAAACUCUCAGAUAUCCAAAAGAAAGAGGAGGAGAGGAGAAGGAAGGAGGAGGAAGAAAAAGAGAUGCACCGGAAGCAGAAAGAGGAGGAGAUGCAAAAGCAUGAGGAAGAGCGGAAAAGGCUGCUGGAAGAGGAGAAGAGGAAGCUCCUUCAGGAGGAAGAGGCUGCAAAGAGGGAGAGAGAGAAAAGGAAACUCGAAGAGGCAAGACUGCUGAAGGAGAAGAGAGACAAACAGGAGAAAAUGAAGGAGGAAGAGGAGCAGAAAAAGAGAAGGAAAGAGGAAGAGGAACAGAAGAAAAGAGAAGAGGAGACGAAGCUUCUGGAGUCAGAAGCAGAAAAACAAAAUCUGAAGAGGGAGGAGGAGAAACGGCAAGAGAGAGAAAGAUUCAUGAAGAAGAUGAAAGAGGAGGAGAAAAUCAGACUCUUGGAAGAGGAAAAGACUAGAAAGACUGAGGAAAGACUUUUGAAAGAGGCAAAAGAGAAGGAACAACUGAAAAUAAGAGAGGAUGAAGAGAGGAAGAAACAAGAAGCAGAAAAAAGGAGAUGUGAGGAGGAGGAAAGAAAGCAGAAAGAAGAGAAGAGACUGAGAGAGGUAGAAGAGAAGAGGAAGAAGGAGGAGGAAGAUGAGAAAAAGAAGGCAGAAGAAAAAAAGAGGUUGGAUGAUGACAGAAAGAGAAGAGAGGAAGAGAAAAGAAUCAAAGAAAUGGAGGAGAGAAAAAACAGAGAGGAAGAGAGAAGACUCAAAGAAAUGGAGGAGAAAAGAAAAAAAGAGCAGGAAGAAAAAGAGAGACUUUUCAGAGAAGAGAGAGAGAGGAUGGAGAGGAAGAAGAAGGAGGAAGAGGAGAAAAGGGUCGAAGAGGAAAAUAAGAAGAAAGAGAGGCUUCUGAUAGAGCAGAGAGAGAAGGAAAAGAUGCAGAAGGAGGCAGAAGAGAGAAAGAAGAGAGAAGAAGAGAAUCAGAGGAAGCUGCAAGAGGAGCAAAGGAGGCUGGAAGCAGAAAAGAAAAUGAAAGAGGAGAAAGAAGAGAAGGAAAAGAAAAAGAAAGAAGAGCAAAAGAAGAAGCUUUUGCAGCAGAAGGAGGAGGCAGAGAUCAGAAAUAAAAAAGAGGAGGAUAAGACGAGAAGCCCUCCACUCAGCAUUCUGGAGGAAAACAAGUCAGAUGAGGACAAGGCGAAGAUGAAAACCUCUCCUCUUGGUUUCACUAAAUCCAAAAGGGAUGUCGAAGGUGAAACACAAACUCAACGGUUCCCUCCACUGGUGAAAAACGGCAUUACAGCCAAACAGCUGCCUGAGCAAAUUUCCCUUCAGUCAGAAGAAAGAAAGAAACUGAGUGAACCGAACUCUGCUUUUGAAAAGCGUCUGAAGCAACCCUCUGUAGUGGAAUGCUCCCUGUCAAACUCUGAUACCUCAGAAAAGAAAGAAACCGCCUCGCUUCAUUUACCAUGUGAUAUUGAAUCAGGCCCCCCAGAGGAGCUGAAUAAAAUAAUGACAUUGGCGGUCUUGACGCCGGCACCAUCUCCACAGAGGCUGUCUGACGCAGAGACUCCUCUAUGGAAAGUGCUAGAAGCAGGAAGUUGCAAAGAUACAACUGUACAAAUCUCUGCUGAGGAGGGUGGAAAACCUUUGUGCAGAGGUUCAUCCUCUGGAGAAUCUACCACGUUGGAAACUUUGGUGACGCAGCAGAACCAAACAACAGCAGCAGAAAAUCCAGAGACACAUUUAGAAUCACCAAAACCAGUUCCAGAGGAGCCUAAAGAGCCUGAGAAACCUUUUGUGCAACCAGUAGCCCCUUCGGAAGAUUCCCCAAAACCAGUUGGAGAAAGGACAGAUAUGUUGCCCCCAAAACCAAAACGAGAGCUGCAGCAGGAGAAUGACAUCCAGACACCAGACAAAUCCCAACUGGAAGGAGAAGACGAAGAGAAACCACCGAACGUUACUGAUCAGGAGAGCCUUGUGAUCAAUGAAGAGCCGCUUUGCCAUGAAGAGAACAAACUGUGGGCGGCUAUGGAGGAGACCACAGAGGAGACGGAAGGACAAAGAGGGACGGGAAGCACUGAAAGUCCUGCAGUGAAGGAGGAGGAAGAGGUUGUAGUCGGGGGCACCCAGAAAGGUGCAGAGGAUGAUGUGUGUAUUGCAGAAGAGCAGAAGGAGACAUCUGCUGGCUUCAUGUCAGCGAUGUUUGGGGUGUUGCACCGAGGUUAUGAGACAAUGGCCUCCAUGCUGCACACAUCUGCAUCAAAUGGUGUCAGUCAGGAGCCUUCACCAGAUAAAUCACAGCCACUUGCAAACAGAGAAGAACAGUCAUGUUUUCAAAAAGAAGAUGCAGCGAUCCGGUGCAACGCAGAGCCAGAUAAUGAGCCACCAAACUCUGCAGGUGUGGACAUUUUACCUCCUGUGGCUUUCUCUGACUCAGCAGAAAGUCAGAUGAUGGUUGAAGAAGAGGUUCCCAAGGCUGAAUCAGCUCAGGGAGCAGUAAACAUAACGCACGGACUGGGCCUGGUGGCAAGUCUGCGACUGGCAGCCAGCGAACAAGAGAAACAGAGAGAACUGGAGAUGGAGAGACGAGAAAGAGAGGAAAUGGAAAACCGUAGAAAGACUGAAAGGGAGAAAGAAGAGGAGGAAGAAGCUGAAAGGCAAGAAAAAGAAAGACUUAAGCGAGAAGAGGCAGACAGGAUUGAAAAGGAAAGAUUGAAGAGAUGUGAAGAAGAGAAGAAUGAAAAGGAGAGACUGAAAAGAUUAGAGAUGGAGGAAAAAGAAAGGCUAAAGAGAGAAGAGGCAGAGAAGAAAGAAAUGGAAAGACAAAUUGGAGAAGAGGCAGAGAGAAAAGAAAGGGAAAGAAAAAGAAGAGAAGAGACUGAGACGAUAGAAAAGGAAAGACUGCAAAGAGAAGAGCAAGAUAAGAAAGAAAGGGAAAGACUAAAGAGAGAAGAGGUGGAGAAGAAAGAACGAGAAAGAUUAGAGAGAGAAAGGCUGGAUAAAAAGGAGAGAGAGAGACUAAGGACAGAACAGGCAGAGAGGAAAGAAAAUGAAAGAAUAAGGAGAGAAGAGAUGGAGAAGAGACAAAAUCAAAUACUGGAGAGAGAAAAGUUAGAAAGGGAGAGGGUAAGGGAAGAGAUGGAGAAGAAAAAGAGAAAAAAGUUGGAAAAUGAAAGAAUUAGAAUUGAAAAAGGGAAGGAAGACAAGGAGACUAUUUUUUUCAGGCAACAGAGGAAACUUGCUGAUGAGACAAAUGAGGAAAUACACAAGAAAGAAAAUGCAGAGAUGGAAAAACUCAUGAAGGGAUGGGAGAGUAGAGAGGUGAAAACUCCUGCUGGUAUUUUAUUUGUUGAGAACCAAGAAAAAGGAAACAAAACUCCCUCAAACACUUGGCCGCCUCUGAAGGAGGCAGAGCUGGAUGAUAUCGCAUAUGACGAGAGACUACAAGGAAGCAAUGAGAAGCACAUCUCUGACCCCGAACCAGCCAGCAAAGUCAUCCCUGUUUCUGCAAGCACAUGUCGGGUGAUUGAUAGUAAAGCCAAAGACUCUGUGAGCACUGAUGUAAAGGCACAGCACAGUUCCAGUCUGAGAGCAGUGAAGCAGGGCGCAUCCAAACCUAAACACAAUGCCAUCCCAGUGUGGCUGCGAGAAGAGGAGGAAGAGGAAGUAGAGUAUGAAAGGGGACAGGAAGAUCUGGGCUCCAUCUGGCUGGCAGAGCUGUAUAUGGAAGGAGAUGCAGGCCCAGGCCACCCGCCUCCUGCUGUGGCCCUGAAGCCUGCAUCCGCCCCCUCCACUGAACAAGGCUCUAGAAUUAGCUUUGAUGUGAAACAACAAAAUAAACCUCACAGUCAGCCUCCUGACUACCGGUUUAUGUCUCACGUGAAAGAAACAAUAGAACAAAUUUCAGACCAACAAUCGGUGAAAAAAAGGAGUCAUGGAGUACUUACUAAAACUGAUUCUGAUGCAAAUGUAACAGAAUUUGUUCAACCUUUGGUGGUAUCUAAACCACCCAGUGGCAUAAGCAUCAGUAAGGUGAAUGAGACAAAAGUACCUGUGAAUUUAUAUGGGAGUCCUGAGUUGAAGUUUGAAGAUGACCAGACGAUACCCAGUUCAGCCAACAAUCUGUCCAAAGAGCAGCAGCUCCAAGAGGAGGAAAGACUUUUACUGGCGAAGAUUCAACAGAUGUCAGGCGACACGUCUCCGGUCAGUGGGCCUCGAACCAUGAAAAGACUCAUUCCCACUCCUGGUGAUAUUGACAGCGAUGUUAUGGAGAAAGGAGUCCCUUCAAACCCCGCAACUGACGUCACUGCUCACAGUCAGCUCUCAAUCAUUACCUGCUCCGAUGAUCUGCAGGAAAUAAGACUAAAUGAGGAAGAAGUCUCAAAGCACAAAACAAUAGAUGUACCUGCUGGUGGACCGGUGAAACAAUCAUCUCAUUCCAAAGACACCUCCAGCACACAUACCAUCGUUUCCUCACUUCAGUGUGAGAUCAAGAAUUCUCGGCUUCCGACGUUACCAGAGGAAGAAACCCCCGAACUCAGGACCACUGAGCCAUUUGCAGUGGUCACAGAGGAGGUCAAUGGGAAGGAUGACACUGAGGACCUUGUGAACUCUAGUCAGUCAUUGCUCCAGUGGUGUCAGAGCAUCACCAACAACUAUGAGGGUGUAAAGGUCACAAACUUCAGCACGUCCUGGAGAAACGGCCUGGCCUUCUGUGCCAUACUGCACCACUUUCAUCCAGACAAAAUAGAUUUUGAAUGCUUGGUUCCUCAUGACAUCAAGUUAAAUAAUAAGAAGGCAUUCGACGGCUUUGAGGCUCUGGGGAUUUCUCGUCUGCUGGAACCGUCCGACAUGGUUUUGCUGUCCGUCCCUGACCGGCUCAUCGUUAUGACCUACCUCAGCCAAAUCCGCUCACAUUUCACCAACCAAGAGCUGAGCGUACUGCAGAUCGAGCACAACAGCAGCCAGUCCAGUUACGGGCUCGCUCCUUCUGGUCCCGCUCCCACCAACGUUGAUGCCGCCGCCUUCUGUAUGGCCAGGCUGAACGAAGGUGUGAGUCUGGAGGAAGGAGGAAGCAGUGCUUUGGUGGUGCCACCACCCAGAACCAAAAAGACUAUUAAAGUGGAAGAAACAAGAAUCCCAGUCCCACCCCCAAGAUCGGUUACCAAAGCUGCCAAAUCUGAACAGGAUGAAGAUGCUUCAUCUCCUACUGAAAAUGCUAAUAACUCAGAGCUGCAGAGUGCAGUUGACAUCCAGCCUCCUAAACAAGAAGAAACUAUGCACCUGCAGGACACCAGUCAGUAUGUCUUGAGCGAACUGGCAGCACUGGAGACAGAGCAGAAACACAUCGACAGCAGAGCAGCAGUGGUGGAGAGACGAUUGCGAAGCCUCAUGGAAACAGGGAGUGACCGUGAUGAAGAGGAGAGGCUGAUCCAGGAAUGGUUCACUUUGGUGAACAAGAAGAACGCUCUGAUACGCCGACAGGAUAACCUGGAGCUAUUACAAGAGGAGCAAGAUCUGGAGAGAAGAUUUGAGCUUCUGACCAGAGAACUGCGAGUUAUGAUGGCUAUAGAAGACUGGCAGAAAACAUCCACUCAGCAGCAGAGGGAGCAGCUGCUCCUCCAGGAGCUGGUGUCACUGGUUAACCAGCGGGAUGAGAUCAUCAGAGACAUCGAUGACAAAGAGAAACGUGCUCAGGAGGAGGACGAGCGGCUGGAGCGAGGUUUGGAGAUGAGGAGGAGGAAAUACAGCAAUAAGGACAACAAAUGUGUGUUACAGUGAAAAGGAUAAGCACAAACUGCAGAUGUCAUUGAAUCCCAAAGUCCCCAAAAGUAUUUUUCUUGAAUGUUAAGAAAAAAAUAAAACUACAAAGAUAUGUCUAGGAUUUCAAGUGCCUUUUCCCUCCUGGAAAUGUUUUCUAAGUCUGAAGCUGGAAGUUGUUGUCUGAAUGUAAUGUGUGUGUUUUAGGAGUAUUAUGUUAGUUUCUUUAAUUAGUUUUUUAUUUAUUUAAGACGUGUAAUUUUCUCAUACUUUUAUUGCACUUCUGGUCUUUUUCAUGUGUUGUGUACAUUUUUUUGGACAUUAUUCAGUAUUCAUACACCAGCUGGUCCUCUGCUUAUUUUUAAUGUUGUGUGUCUCCUGUGCCUUAAUAGAAAGUUUUCAAUUUGUAGGCCAAAAUGCACCAGCUUUCAUGAGAAUCUAUCUCAUGAAAGAUAGAUUUAUAUCUUUCUCAUGAUAUCUUUGAGUAUGCAAAGAGAUUUGUCCUGUUGCAGGUGUUGCUUUUAUCUUUUCUGAUAGUUUAAAAAAAAUGGUAGUAUGUGAAAUCCUUUCAGAAAUUAGUAUAUUUUGUGAUUAUUUGAGCUGGACUCAAUUCCCCGAGGUUUUCAGUGCAGAAUUGUUAUUGACGCUCAAAGUAACACAUCUUAAAAUGUAACUUUUAAUGUUGGACCCUGGUGAUAUAAGUCAUCUGCAGCUUUGGAUGUUCCCUUCUUCUUCACUGGCGUAACUUAAAAAGUUUUGGUAUUUCUGCAUAGUUUGAUGAAUGCGUGCACGGUUUUUGAUGUGUGCAGUUAAAACGGUACCUAUCAUUCAAAUGUUGAUUUCCAUAUUUAUGAUUGUUUUAUUCAUGAAUGACAAAUAAAAUAAAGUUUGAAGAAAAAUG